AAGCAAAGACAGCUUGGAGCUGGUUUUCAGCGGGUUUGGGUGAAGAAAACAAAGGCCCCCUUUUUGCGACCGCCUGAAACUGAAAAAGCCAAUCGACCUUUACGGCCGAGGAAGCGAAAACGAAAAAGAGAGAUGAGAGAUGAUGUCUCACGCUGUCUACUACUUCUUGCAGCUCCUUUCCUCUCUUCCCUGUUCCAGUUUUCCGCUGCCACCGUCGUCCUCAAUUCUAUCCCCGCCUCUUUUGCCGAUCUUCCUGCUAAAUUUGACGGCUCCGUCACCAGAAACGGAAUAUGUGGAGCUCUGUACGUCGCGGACCCUCUCGACGGUUGCUCGCCGCUGCUCCACGCCGCCGCAUCUAACUGGACAGAAGAGAGAACUAAGUUGGCUUUGAUUAUCCGAGGCGAAUGUUCUUUCGAGGAUAAGCUCCUCAAUGCUCAAAACUCCGGUUUCCAAGCCGUGAUUGUGUACGACAACAUAGACAACGAAGAUCUCGUCGUUAUGAAGGUGAACCCUCAGGACAUUACAGUGGAUGCCGUUUUCGUUUCAAAUGUUGCGGGUGAGAUCUUAAGAAAGUACGCGAGAGGCCGAGAUGGUGAAUGCUGUCUUUAUCCGCCGAGCAAGGGGAGUGCUUGGACUGUGCUGGCCAUCUCAUUCUUCUCUCUCCUUCUAAUCAUCACUUUCCUGCUGCUUGCCUUCUUUGCACCCAGACACUGGACCCAGUGGCGAGGGAGGCACAACAGCACCAUGAGAGUCGAUGCAAAGCUGGUCCACACACUCACCUGCUUCACCUUCCGCGACUCUGGUCUGCACAAAGCCGGAGAAACAUGUGCAAUAUGCCUCGAGGAUUAUAGAGUUGGAGAAAGCCUGAGACUUCUCCCCUGCCAACAUGCUUUUCACUUGAGUUGCAUCGACUCUUGGUUGACAAAAUGGGGUACAUCCUGCCCGGUGUGCAAGCAUGAUAUAAGAACCGCGGCUACGUCUUCUGAGGCACAUAAACGAGUGGCUCCUAGUACAGAGACAAGUACAAGUAGAUUUAUCUCUGCUCGGUCCAGUCAAAGCCAUUAG